UUUAUCUGCUGGUUACAUCUCAGCCAGUGAUUCAUUCUUUCCUGUUGCUCUGAAUUGAGGGGAAAUGUUAUGGAUUAAGAACUCUACAAAUCAUUGCCUUUUAGGGUGUCUAAGCUGCCUGAAUGUUCCAUGAGUUUGUACUUGACUUAUAGUGUCUGGAAAGUGAUUGCAAACCAACCAGAACUAACAGUUGUUUCAGUAAUGUUUUGUCUGUCAAUAGUCUGCACCAAAAAAGAGCCUUGAAGUAUGUCCUCAACCAGUUUUAUGAUGGAUUUCCUUGGAAUGGCCUCCCUCAGUCUUCAGCGUUAGUUCCAGUGGUGCAAGAAGUGCCUUGUCUCAGGAUUGAGAAACACAGGCAGUAGCUUGAAGCAAAAUUAUCAUCUUGACUCUCAAAUGUCUUGUCAGCAUAACCCAUCAGCCUUACUCAGAUCAGAUCUUUUCUGUAGUAAUCUGCAAAAAUCUUUCCAGAUAUUUCCCAUGUCAAAGGACCACUUGGUGCUAUGGCAAGUCUGUGACUCACCAAGCCAUCAUAUCACAUAAUGGUUAACUGAUUUUAAGCUGCCUGUAUCUCAGAUUUUUUUUUCAGAGCAACAGAUUUGUCUGUAUAAAGUGAUUGGAUAAAGAACUCGGAGAAUGUAAAUGAUGUGUAGUUCAUGAUUCAAGGUUGUGAAAUGCUCACACCUGCAGACAAAAUGAAGGGGAGGCUGUCCAGAGAAAUUAUAUGAGAAAAAGGCAAGCCACAAAUAAGUGGUGUGUUACAAGAGCUCUUGUGGAAAUUGUUUCCACCCAUAUGACACAUCAAGACAUUGUGACCAUUACAUUUCUAAAACAGCAACUUUCCCUCAGAGAGGCUUCAACAAACAGCUCUUCUGAGCAUCAAAACUUUUCAAGAGCAUUAAAUCAGUCAUCAGUAGCUGUUUAGAUGGAAUUUGUUCCUAUUACAUACUAUUUUUUAGAAUAGUUUUUUCCUCUAAAAGUUUAAUUGCAAUUGUGAGUGAAAGUAUGUAACUUUAACCACAAAGCAAGAAUAAUUUUCUUGGAAGUUAGAUACCUAGAAAAUAAUCUUUGCUCAUAGUUACAUAUUCACUCCAGCUCUAAUUGUCAUAUAUAUAUUGCGCUAUAUACAAUAAUCAGUUUGGAUUGGGUUGUGAUGAUGUUUGACCAAAAGACUCCCAGCUCUUGAACCAGACAUACAUAAACAGUUAGCCAUAAAAUUUGCUUGUAGUUUCAGUUCUUUGCCUUUAUCUGGUUGAGAAGUUGAAUGAAAGUAAUCAAACAAGUGACAGCUUCCAACACUUCCCAAACUACACACCUUGCAAACAUUAUUAUCUCAAGUUCUGUCUGGAGGUGGAAGUGAUGUACCACUAUUCCUUCAAGAGGACUUGGAAUGAAUAAGUGAAGACAAAUGUCUAUGACACAAUCCAAACUGUUUUUCAAUGAUAAAGACCAAUUCAUGCAUUUAAAAUUGUUUUAUUGUGUAAAUGUAAAUCAUUGCUUUCUUUGUUAAUUUCAUAUUCUUGGUUCCCCUACAAUUUUUGUGUUACUACUACUAAGAUUAAGAAUCAUUAGGGAGGUUGUUUUGUAUGAUUCAGCAUUUUUAUAUAGGAAGGUGGCUUGUUUAUUGAUCAAGUUAUAUGCCUGUAACCAUUUCAACAAUGAAAGAAGUUAUAGCCAUUUUAA